AUGAAGUUCACCCUCCUUGCCACUCUCAUCGCCCCCGUCCUAGCCAUCAACGUCCCUAGAGAGCUCCAAGAACGCAACGGAUGCGGCGAUAACUGUGCCCGAGCUGUCGCCCCAGGUUUCCGUGGCCCUGCAGUCGUGGCCUCUUACAAGGAACAGUGCAACGCCUAUCUUGAGGUUACCACUACUCCCGAAGCCAGCACUGUCUAUGUGACCAAGUCUAUUCCUACUUACGCUAGUGCUUGUUCGGGCGAGGCUCGUUACUUGACUGCUUGUUCGUGCGCUGGUGCUUCUGCUGUUACUGUUGCGGCGCCUACGCCUACUGUUACCAAGGUGGUCUAUGUCUGA